UGGGAUGGUAAUGGUGGGCGCGUGAGUUUGAACACCCUCACAAUGCCACAUAAUAACCCUGCCCAGUACGCUUCUUGCACACCAACCAUGGGGCUACUGCAGCAUGACAAAGAUGUCGGUGAAGGGGGAAACACGGUGUUUAUUGAUGCGUCCGCCCUGGGGGAGUUAUCGAGUCAGUUCACCCCACAAGACCUGGAGACCCUUGUAGGGUUCAACAUUCAAGCUGCAGACUUUGAGGCUUCGCUCCAGGAAGCAACUGAAGCUCACGUGGUAGAUGCCAGUGGGGUACUGAUAUCAGAUGGAGUGGCAGUGGGGAACAUUGUUGAGGUGGCAGGUGGUGAUGGAGGGGUCGUGGGCGAGUCUCAACAGAUUGACACACAGUCCCACCACCAAACAACUCACCACCAACCAAUGGAAGUGGAUGCCCUCACAGAACAUGCACAAGUUAUUGGUGACAUGGAAAUGUUACAACAAGGGAGUGAACUCAUCACCAUGACCGGGGAAGACCUGUCAGCUGGUGGAGAGGCUGGCACGGCUGCUCUUCUGGCUGCUGUUUCUUCUGAAGGAGAUACCACUUCACACCAGAUCGUCACAGACACACCACAGGUUAUUAAGAGCAACCUUGCGCAGUUUGUCGUACUCCAACAGAACCAGAAUUCAAUAUCACUGGGAUCCGUGGGUAAUCGCAUAAUAACUUCUGGUGGACAAGUUGUAUCAACAGUGGCAGGACUCAGUAACAGCAUCAACAGCAAGCCGGUAGUAGUAAAUACGUCCCAGCUUGGUGGAACACUGAGGCAGCAGAUGGUUGUGACCCAACCCACCCAACAAACACAGCAGGUUCGAACUGUGCAGUUUAGGCAGGCACCACAAACACUGUCACACAACAUUGGAACUGUAACCAAGGUGAUCAUUACAAGUCAGGCGGGUGGUGGCAUCGGCACUAUGGGAGGCCAGCAGGUGCGCCUCGUUACCAGCCAGAGUGGUGGAGGGCAGGUGACGUCAUCCCCAACAAAGCUCACACUACAACAGGCACAACAGAUGGGGCUCAUAUCCCCAUCAAAACCCAUCAAUCCGUCUCCAAACAAGCAGAUUGUUGUCCAGCGGGUCAGUAUGGGCGGUGUUUCCCCCCUGAAGAGCCCCAGUAAGUUGAUCCCUGUAUCUAUGGCUUCCAAGUCACCCACCAAAAUUGCCCCGGCCCCACCCAUCGGACAGCAGCAGAUUAUAACACACCAGAUAAGUAGUGGGGGUGCAGUUCGAAAUAUAUUAAAUAGCCCACAAAAAAUAGUCAUCAAAAGCAACGUACCUCAGCCAGGCCAGGGGACAGUGAGUACGGUCAGAACUGGUCAGCUUGUAACAUCUGGAGGACAACAGGUUAUUAAGAUCCCAGCAAGUCAAGUCCAGCAGCUUACAGGUCAACCCCAAGUUCUCUCUAAUAAGAUGAAUUAUGUACGACUCGUAAAUUCCGGUGUGGGAGGCAGCGGGGGUGGUGGGGGAGGGACCACACUCAUACGACCGACACCCCCGGCCAACAAACCCAUCGCUCCGGCUGCUUCACAACCCAUCAAGAUAAAAGCAAUGCCUAUCGCUCCCAACCAGCAGGCAAGUUUUAUGUGUACAAAUAAACAGAGGGUCAUCAUCCCAGUGUCGGGCUCAGUGUCAACGGCUAGUAUGGGAGGUGGAGUUCCCAUCCGCCCCCAAACCAACCUCACCUUACCGGCUUCUGCUCUUCCCCCCGGGGUUCUCUCCAAUACUCAACCCGGCUCCGUUGUCAUGAUUCCCGCUCAUUAUAUGUCUCAGCUCCAGUCCAGCACAUCAAAUAACACAACAGUCCAGCUGUCGAACCAACCUCCCCCUGGUACCAUAAUCCCACAGCCACCCAAACCACAACCAACCCGCACUGUAAUAGACGCCAAUGGAAUCAGACCCAGAAAGCCCUGCAACUGUACAAAAAGCCAGUGUCUUAAAUUAUACUGUGAUUGUUUUGCAAAUGGAGAGUUUUGCAAUAACUGUAACUGUGCAAACUGCUUCAACAAUCUAAACCACGAGGAAGACAGACAGAAGGCCAUUAAGGCGUGUCUAGACAGAAACCCUCAGGCUUUCCGCCCUAAGAUCGGCAAGGGAGGCAACGACAACGAGAGGAGACAUAACAAAGGUUGCAACUGUAAACGAUCGGGAUGCCUUAAAAAUUACUGUGAAUGCUAUGAGGCCAAGAUACCAUGUUCUAAUAUGUGUAAAUGUGUCGGCUGCAAAAACGUUGACAUGAAUCCUGCAGUAGAGCGGAAAGGGUUGAUGCAGCUGGCGGAGUGUGCAGAAGCCAGAGUAAAUCAACAGAAGGCUGUCAGGUCAAAACUUCCCUCCUUUUCUCAUCACUCUCCUACAAAAAUGCUUUUACCUACAUCAACAAAAUCUGGCUACUGUCGCAUGAACCAAGAAGUGGUUGAGGCAACAUGUCAGUGUCUAUUAGCCCAGGCAGAUGAAGCAGAGAGCGCCCUAGUGUCUGAGGCACAGUUAGAACAGACAGUCAUUGCAGAAUUUUCCCGAUGCCUCAUGCAAAUCAUUGGCAGCUAUACGUCACGGUCUAGAGGACUGGGAGACACGUAGCAUGAGAAGGGAGGUGUAGUAGUGAUGUAUAAUAGAUUUUAACAAGUCAUGUACAUAGAUUAAAAUUAAAGAAAUAUAUAUUUUCAAGUUUCUGCAUCUAGCUGGGGGAUAUGCUUGGCGUGCGUGUGUGUCAUGAGGACGUAGCCAUCAUUCAGAUGAUGUAUUUGACAAUGAAGUGAACUUUACAUGUUGUGUAAAACUAUUGUUACGGAAACUGAGCAAUUAAGAAGGCAAGUGUCUUAAGUUCCUUUACUUUAACUUUUAUUUUAAUCUCAAAAUUUUAAUGAUUUCUUUACCUGCGUGUGUCUAGGGGCUUUUGGAUUAAAAUUAUUUAGUUAUAAUACCUUGUAAUACUCAUGCCCAAUUAUGUAACAAAUUACAAUCUGUUUGUAUUGUGAACUUUUCUUCCUCCUCUUAAUCCUCCAUAGGUUCUCCUUCAAGCAGCAGCCUUAUAUGCUAGAGGCAAAGGCAUUUUACCUCUUCUUUCAAAGACCUGAUAGUCAUGGCUGGGGGAUCUUCGUUGAUGUAGUUGUGGUUAACUAUCAUACGAGCUUGCUGUGCAUAGCGAAGGGUUGACAGAGUUUCCUCCAAAUAAUCAUUACAAGGGGAGACUGUGGCGAUCAUUGCAGUCCGAGAGUUACCUCCCAGAGACUCUUUUGAUAAAUAUGUCAGUGCUGAUUUCCUGUAAAGAAAGAGUGGCCUUUGUUGUCCUGCACUCUUUGCAAGGUAUGUGAUUACCUUCCCAAGGCGUGAAAGUGAUUUGUUUAUACAAACUCCUUCCUGUGGCUGUGCAGCUGCCACAUACCCACUCCCUGCCAGGUCCACCAGAUUUAUAAUGUUCACCUUGCUACUCUCCAAGUGCUCACCCUCAACUGAGUGAGUUUGAUGAUGAAGACAGCGUGAGAUUGAGAAGAUUUGGCAGCGAUGGUGCGCUUUUUAUUUCCUAGUAUAAGCCAUGUCUGUAGGUGGUCAUACGAUGAGCAACACCCUUUACAUAGGGACCAUAUGUGUUUUGUGUUGAUUUUGUUUUAAGAAUAUUAUAUAAAAAUCACUUGCAUAUAUUUCAUGUCCUACAAUUUAUACUGUGUUGGGUGCUGUCAUGUCAACCAUGAGUGUGGUGUCAAAAAUUCAAUUAAGCCAAGUGAUGCUAUAAUAACUAAACCUACAGUAAAACAUAACAACUCUAAAAGUUCACAAUACAAACAGAUUGUCAUUUGUUACGUAAUUGGGCAAGAGUAUUACAAGGUAUUAUAACAAAAUAAUUUCAAUCAAAAAGCCCCUAGACACACACAGGUAAAGAAAUCAUUUAAAUUUUGAGAUUAAAAUAAAAGUUAAAGUAAAGGAACUUAAGACAUUUGCCUUCUUAAUUGCUCAGUUUCUGUAACACUGCAUACUCUUCCAGGUCAGUUUACCAAUUUUUCUCUUUUAAAAAUCUAAAAAAUUAGGUAUGAUCUUUUGAGUAUGGUGAUUCAGUUUGGUAUAUGAGUACGGUAGUUUAGUUUGGUAUGUACUGUAUUUGAGUAUGGUAGCUCAGUUCGGUAUUUUAGUACGGUAAUUCCCUGAUCUGUAUUCAUUUUAUUGAUGAAAAUGUUGUACAUACCGGUACAUGGGGUUUUUACACAAAUGUCAUUACUUAAUUAAGGAUGAAACACUUGUGUGAAAAGGUUUAUCCUCUUUGAUAAGUUAUUUGUUCAAUUGCAUCUUAUUCAGUCUUCCUACAUAGAAGGUUGAGAUACUGUAUCCAUUGCCACAGAUGUAAUAAUAGGGGCAUGAUGGUAACUUGGAAGGGAUCUCUCUCUAUUAAUUAUUCAUUGUAUGCAUAUUGUAUUGUCAUAUGCUCAUACUGCCUGUGUUGAGUAAUGUGAACAUCAUCUGUAGUUACACAAGAAUUUACAAUACUGUUACUUUGGGGUUGAAAUUUGUAUUUAAAUCGGGUUGACACGAGCUCAUGAAAUACCCAUGCACGAAAUAGUGUUGUGAUAUGUUCUUAUAUUAAGGUCAUACAUCCAGUCCCUUUACCGAUGAGAUAUCAAAGAAAUGUAAGAUAUAGUGAUUAAUUUGAAUUUUAUCUUCAGAUUUCUAAAGAUUAUUUUCUGUCUAUAUUGAAAAAAAAAAAAUAGAAUUGGUUACUAAUAUUUCUACAAUUACCCGGUAUAUCAGUAAUCACGCUUGUCCAAGAGGCACUACUGCUGUAUACAGUUGGCCUCACUCCCUAUAGUUGAUGCAGGAGCCACUUGUUAUUCUAAUACUGUAUAUAAAGUGAUUGGCAGUGUUCGAGCUUCGGUUAAUGCUUUGAACAUAUUUAUUUGUUUUUGCUGUCAUUGAGUAAAGAAUAUUUGGUGAUAUAGUAUAGCAGUGUAUUAAAAAAAAUGUUCCUCUCAUGGAGCAGAUGUUAAUGACUGCAUUUUACUCUUGUUAUUUAAUGCUAGAUUGAAAAUGAACUUAUUAGGCAUUUUUUUUGUGUUGAUCUUCCAGUUCAAGAUUUGUUCAGUUUACAAAAACAUUAAAGGCAAAUAAUUUUAAUCCCUUUAUACAAAAAUUAGAACCAAAAGUCUUUAUUGCCAUUAUCCAGAGAGAAUGUUACCAAGAGUUGCAGUAACACAGAAACUGUACCAUAGCACUAAAUGGCAUAAAAGCUCCAAGAGUCAGUGGUAGCAAACCUAGAAAACGUUUUUAUGUAUUCAAACAUUUUAUUCAGACUAGAUUGAUAUAGUUUACAUUUUGACGCCUAAUGAGAGAGUUUUUUGUUUUUAUAUUUCUUUCAGAGAUUUAUUAUUAUUUCUCAUAUUUCAUUUCCAUUCCUUACAAAUGUACUUGUGACACGAUUAGCGAAAAUAUCUUGCACGCAUUUUUUCACUCCGGUAUUCACUGUCAUUUGAAGCACAUUUGAUUACAUUUGGCCCACAAUGCAAGAUAUGAUUUUCUAGUCAUUUCACACAUAUAUAUACCGUACCGUGUUGCUUUUAAAGGUCUGCAUCCCCCCCCCCCCCUUGUUAUUUUGUUUUGCUGCUCCAUUCAAAAGUGCAAUAAGCUACAUAGAUAUCUUUGGAAUCCUUUAUGACGAUGGCCUUUGUCUCUGUAUGUUAAAGUGUGGUAUGACACAUCACUCGCUUAGAUUUUUUUUUUUUUUUUAUACAUAUGUGAAUAAAAUCAUUGUGUUUAUACUGUCACUAGUUUUACAAUAACAUGUGGCUGCUUACAGAGCGAAUGAAAAGAACUUUAUAAUCCAAGAUUUUUCAUGCAAUUGUUUUUUUUUUUUUUUUCAGACCGACUGCAUAUGUGGAACUUUACUAUGACCUAAACUGUAUAUUAUGGUAAACUCUUCAUUAAUAUGUAUUUUAAAACAAAUGGUAAAAUUGUAUAUUUCUUAAAAGAUAUUAUGAAUUACAGUACAACAUUUUAUUAUUAUUAUUAUUAUCAUUAUUUUGUGAAGCUUGGCCAAGAGUUAUGCACUAUUAUGCAAUGUUUUAGAUUAUUUUUAUUAUUUAUUUAUGGAAGAUGAGAAGUAGGUUAGAAGUUUAACUCGAGCUUUGGCCGGUUUCAUUUUGAUUCUAUGUGCCUGACAGUAGAUUAAAUGUGAAGAAAAGA